AUGUCUUCCAAGCAGUUGAAUCCCACGUCGGCCAACCACCGAAAUGGACUUACCAAGUCGAAGAAUACGGCUUUCAACAGCACUGCAACUCAUGAAGAUGAGUCUCAUCAGAUUAUCUCAUCGUACUUUAUUGGGCCCCAGGCCGAGAAUCUGUCGUACUUCAAGGAAAACAUCAACAUCAUCCUGGAAGAGCUGCAAGGAGCGCGGCUGAACUACUUUCCUCAAGAUGGGAAAUUCAUCGACGAGAAAACCCAGCAGACGGAGGCUUUCAUCCGCUCAAAGGAUAAGCUGAAGAAUGCCGUUCGAACGGCGUCUAACAUCCUCGGCAAGACCAGCAUCCCGUUUUGGUCACCCCGCUACCAGGCCCAUAUGUGCACGGAUAUGAGCAUGGCGUCACUGCUCGGCUACUUCAUGACCAUGCUGUACAAUCCCAACAACGUCGCAAUCGAGGCCAGUCCUCUGUCUACCGUGGCUGAGAUCGAGGUUGGAGAGCAGCUAUGCGAGCUCUUUGGCUACAACAUCGAUGAAGACAAGACGGAGGUCCCCACUGGCUGGGGCCAUGUUACAUGCGACGGUACAGUUGCCAAUCUCGAAUCUAUCUGGGUUGCUCGCAACCUCAAAUUCUACCCGCUGUCUUUGCGGGAGGCCUUUGACAACGAACUUAGUUUCCUGUCCGAGAGCUUUUAUGUCGAGAAUUGCCAGGGCCAAAGAGAGCUCUUUGUCAAGCUUUCGAACUGGGACCUGCUCAACCUGAAGCCGACCGACGUCCUUGAUCUUCCGGACCGACUCUACCAAGAGCACGGAGUUUCCAAUAAGUUUCUCUCUGACAUCAUGAACAAGUACACCAUUCAGUCUACAGGCAAAGACGUCCUGGAGAGAGAACUUGGUCUGGUGAAGCCUGGCCAGUACAUGCUGGCAACCACUCGACACUAUUCCUGGCCCAAGGGUGCCGCCAUCUGUGGUCUCGGAUCCGACAACGUAGUUGGCAUACCUGUCGAUCUCGGUGCCCGUCUAGACCUGGAGAAGCUAAAGGAGCGCCUGCAGAAGAGCCUUGAGGAGAAACAGCCUGUCUUCGCAGUUGUGGCGAUCAUGGGGUCUACUGAAGAGGGUGCUGUCGAUCCUCUUAGUGGUGUGCUUGCCCUCCGCAAACAGUUCCAGGCAAAGGGUCUGUCCUUCCUCGUUCACGCUGAUGCGGCAUGGGGCGGAUACUUCUGCUCUAUGCUGCCCAAAGAUUAUCGACCCGGCGAUGUCAUCAACCUUCCCACUGAGAUGGGUGCAGCCGACGGAUUUGUCCCCGACGCAAGCCUGCGGGCCGAGACACAGGAGGACCUUUACGCCAUGCGUUUCGCCGACUCCAUUACCGUUGACCCUCACAAGUCGGGCUACAUACCCUACCCCGCUGGCGGGCUCUGCUAUCGCGAUGGCCGCAUGCGAUUCUUGGUGACAUGGACAAGCCCCUAUCUUUCCCGUGGUUCCGUCACCAGCAUAGGCAUCUAUGGUGUUGAAGGAAGUAAGCCAGGCGCCUCCGCCAUGUCGGCGUGGCUGUCAAACAAGACCAUCGGUCUUGAUCAGAAGGGAUACGGUGCUUUGCUGGGAGAGGUGACAUGGACCUGCACUCGGCUAUCCGCGGAGUGGGCAUCCCUAACGAACUCUACCAGUCCUUUCAUCUGCGUCCCCUUCAACAUGCUUCCGUCUGAGCGCGACAAAGAUACCACCGAGGAGAAGGUCGAAGCGGAGAAGCAACGCAUCAAGCGUGACAUCGUCAACAAGACCAACGCAAGUAUCAUGGCAGAAGACCAGAAGAGGCCGGACGAGUACAAGGCAAUCAAGCUCAUGAGAGAGCUGGGGUCUGACCUCAACAUCAAUGCGUUCUCGCUCAAUUUCCGAUACGAAGAUGGAUGUCUGAACAGAGAUAUUGAGGAGGCCAACUAUCUCAUGCAGAGAGUCGUCGAAACAUUCUCUGUCGACAGUCCUACCGAUGACCCUACCAAGAUUCCCUUGUAUCUGACAUCCACGGAAUUCUCGGACGAGCUCUAUGGAGAGUGCAAGAAGAAAUUUGUGGAAAGACUCGGUUUGGAUGAGAGUAACCAGGAUCUGAUGGUGUUGCGCAAUGUUGUUAUGUCUCCUUUCCCAACAGACGGCAACUUCACCAAUGAUCUUGCCCAGACGUUCUAUGACGUCGUUGAGAAGGAAACUGAGGUAGUUCGCAAGCGGAACACUUUAGCCCCUGAUUUCCACAACUUCCUCAUCCAGGGAACGGAGAAGAUCUACAUCAUCCACCUGCCAAUGUUCCAUGUCGCCAACCAUCGCCAGCAAUUGAUUGUGUCUGCGGAAUUUGACGAGGAAUCCAGACGCAAGUACAUCGCCAUGAAGAAUGCGAACCCUUGGGAGCCAAUGAUAUUGGUGACCCAACACAAGGUCAUGCUCAGAGAUGUCGCCGAGAAGGAAGGCGGUUUUAAGGCGCAGAUCAUGACAAAGGAGUCGGGUAUCAUCCUUCAAAACGUCACUGUCACCCUGGGAAGAACGGUGGUGAGCCGGCCUCUGAACUCCAAUUACCGACUCGAGGAUUAUCCGGACACUUUCAUGCCAUUCUACCUCUACGGCACAAAGAACGAAGCGAACAUCGACCACGUCAUUACCCGCGCGCCUAACACUCAGCUUUCCGCUGGUCGUUGCACUCUUGACUUCUAUGACACCAACACCAACCCAGCCAUCUGGAACAAGCCAUUGAUACUUCUCAUCGAGGAUGUCCGUGAAGCCCCUAUGCAGCCUUUCCCCUCCAACAGCGAGAUUGGUAGCAAGAAUGGCGCUGUUCUCGCCCACGACGACUAUCAUCGGCAGAGAGCUUCGACAAACAGUGCAAGUGUCGCAUUGAAGGAAAACGAAAAGAAUGGAGUGAGCAACGGAGCAAAGAAGGAUACGAAGAACGGUGUCGCGGCACCUGACAUGGAAUACAUCAACCGAGUCACCAGCGCCAGGGGAUCCGCUCAUGCCACCAAUGUCGACGUCAAGGCUCACAAGGAGGAUGGUGAUGCGAUCCCACACACCAGUGCCAAAGUGUUGAACACAGAAACACUCAGUGGCGCAGUGCGAGGAUCUCAUUUCUUCUUCCGCCCCGGUGCCAAGUUCAAGGUUGCAGUGUGGGAAGACCAGCAUCGAUCUCACCCAAGCUCUGAAUGGGCCAGCUUCAAGCUCCGCGACACGUUCAUUGGCCGUGGUAUUCUCACUCUGGGUGACAGUGUCUAUGUCGACAGUGAGGCGAUGAACUUCGAUCCGUUUAAGAGAGUUGAGAAGGUCACGGAAUGGCGUCACGAGUUCAACCAGAUUGGCAAAGAACUGGCAGACGGAAAGGCAUCUGAGCUUUCACGGUCCUCGGCUGACCAAGCCGUUGGAGCUGCCUUACAAUAUCCUUAUUAA